GGUGCUGCCGCUUCCGGUCCGGGUAAAGGCUGCUGAGGUAUGCUGCAUGGUCUGUGUCGGGCCGAGACAGCUUUCUGAGGGCAAGUCACCGGGUCAAGAGGCGAGCACCGGCGUGUAGACUCAGAAGUCUAGAGUCUAGUGGUAAGAUCGGAACAACAACCAGGAACUUGAAUACGAUCUAACCUCUGUUUCCGAGGGGGUAACUUCAACGGGGAACCCCUCUGCCCUGGUAACGGCCAAAGAGGAGAUGGCGCCAGUCAGGGAGCGGCCGUGGCCGACAAAGUGAGGAAGCGCGAAGGCGGAGCAGCCGGAGAAGCCUCGGGAGAAAACACCAGAGCCAUCGCUGCCGCCACCGCCGCUACCACCAUGGAAGGAGCAAAGCCGACAUUGCAGCUCGUGUACCAGGCAGUGCAGGCGCUCUACCACGACCCAGAUCCCAGCGGAAAGGAGCGCGCCUCGUUCUGGCUUGGGGAGCUGCAGCGUUCGCCUCUUUGAAAUGUGCUGCUAGUGGGAGCUGCAGCUUCCUCCUGCUGACUCUGAGCCCCAGGCUUCGGUUGAGAUGGUCCUUUCAGAAAUGUGGAGCUUAGUCCAAGCCUGGAUUUCAGUGGGUAGCACCUGGCAUCUGUGGCUAGAAAGUCCUAUGAAGUGUUCAUGCAUGGGAGAUUUCAGACCAGUUGUUACAGAUCCGGCAAGAUGUGGAAUCAUGCUAUUUUGCUGCACAGACCAUGAAAAUGAAGAUUCAGACCUCAUUUUAUGAGCUCCCCACAGACUCUCAUGCCUCUUUACGGGACUCAUUACUAACCCAUAUCCAGAACUUGAAAGACUUGUCACCUGUCAUUGUAACUCAGCUGGCUUUAGCAAUAGCAGACCUUGCUCUACAGAUGCCUUCCUGGAAGGGAUGUGUACAAACAUUGGUAGAAAAAUAUAGCAAUGAUGUAACUUCUCUGCCUUUUCUGCUGGAGAUCCUUACAGUGUUACCUGAAGAAGUACAUAGUCGUUCCUUACGAAUUGGAGCUAACCGGCGCACAGAAAUUAUAGAAGAUUUGGCCUUCUAUUCUAGUACAGUGGUAUCUCUAUUGAUGACUUGUGUAGAAAAAGCAGGAACAGAUGAGAAAAUGCUUAUGAAGGUCUUUCGCUGUUUGGGAAGUUGGUUUAACUUAGGAGUUUUGGACAGUAACUUCAUGGCUAACAAUAAGUUACUAGCACUCCUUUUUGAGGUUUUGCAACAGGAUAAGACCUCAUCCAACCUACAUGAAGCUGCUUCAGACUGCGUAUGCUCAGCUCUGUACGCCAUUGAGAAUGUGGAAACCAACUUGCCAUUAGCCAUGCAACUUUUUCAAGGAGUCCUGACAUUGGAGACUGCCUAUCAUAUGGCUGUGGCACGUGAAGAUUUAGACAAAGUUCUGAAUUACUGCCGUAUUUUCACUGAACUGUGUGAAACUUUCCUUGAAAAAAUUGUUUGUACUCCAGGCCAAGGCCUUGGGGACCUACGAACUCUAGAACUGCUUCUUAUCUGUGCAGGACACCCUCAAUAUGAGGUAGUAGAAAUUUCCUUUAACUUUUGGUACCGACUAGGGGAGCAUUUAUACAAAACUAAUGAUGAAGUUAUUCAUGGCAUCUUCAAAGCUUACAUUCAAAGGCUGCUUCAUGCCUUGGCUCGCCACUGCCAGCUGGAACCAGACCAUGAGGGGGUUCCUGAGGAGACUGAUGACUUUGGGGAGUUUCGGAUGAGGGUGUCAGACCUGGUGAAGGACUUGAUUUUCUUGAUUGGGUCUAUGGAGUGUUUUGCUCAGUUAUAUUCUACUCUGAAAGAAGGCAACCCACCCUGGGAGGUGACAGAAGCGGUUCUCUUUAUCAUGGCUGCUAUAGCAAAGAGUGUUGAUCCGGAGAACAAUCCAACACUUGUGGAGGUCCUAGAAGGAGUUGUCCGUCUCCCAGAGACCGUACAUACAGCUGUGCGAUACACCAGCAUUGAAUUGGUUGGAGAGAUGAGCGAAGUGGUUGAUCGAAAUCCUCAGUUCCUUGACCCUGUGUUGGGCUAUUUGAUGAAAGGACUGUGUGAAAAACCUCUGGCUUCUGCUGCAGCCAAAGCCAUUCAUAACAUUUGCUCUGUCUGCCGAGACCACAUGGCUCAGCACUUUCAUGGACUCCUAGAGAUUGCCCGUUCCCUUGAUUCCUUCAUGUUGUCUCCAGAGGCUGCUGUGGGCUUGCUAAAAGGGACAGCACUUGUCCUAGCCAGAUUACCUUUGGAUAAGAUUACUGAAUGUCUUAGUGAACUAUGUUCUGUUCAGGUUAUGGCAUUGAAAAAGCUGUUGUCUCAGGAGCCCAGCAACGGCAUAUCCUCAGAUCCCACUGUGUUCUUAGAUCGCCUUGCAGUGAUAUUUAGACACACCAAUCCCAUUGUGGAAAAUGGACAGACUCAUCCGUGCCAAAAAGUCAUACAGGAAAUAUGGCCAGUUUUAUCUGAGACUCUAAAUAAGCACCGGGCUGAUAAUCGGAUUGUAGAACGUUGUUGCAGAUGCCUCCGUUUUGCUGUUCGCUGUGUAGGCAAAGGAUCUGCAGCCCUGCUGCAGCCACUAGUCACACAGAUGGUGAAUGUUUACCAUGUACAUCAGCAUUCCUGUUUCCUGUACCUUGGUAGUAUCCUUGUGGAUGAGUAUGGCAUGGAAGAGGGCUGCCGGCAGGGACUACUAGACAUGCUCCAGGCACUGUGCAUGCCCACCUUUCAGCUCUUAGAACAGCAGAAUGGGCUCCAGAAUCACCCUGACACUGUGGACGACCUAUUCAGGCUAGCCACCAGGUUUAUUCAGCGUAGCCCUGUUACCUUGCUGAGGAGCCAGGUUGUCAUCCCUAUCUUACAAUGGGCCAUUGCCUCUACUACCCUGGACCACCGGGAUGCCAACUGUAGUGUCAUGAGGUUCCUACGAGACCUCAUCCACACAGGGGUAGCCAAUGAUCAUGAAGAAGACUUUGAAUUACGGAAAGAACUGAUUGGACAGGUGAUGAACCAGCUUGGACAGCAACUUGUAAGCCAGCUGCUUCACACGUGCUGCUUCUGUCUCCCCCCAUACACCCUACCAGAUGUGGCCGAAGUGCUCUGGGAGAUCAUGCAGGUUGACAGACCAACUUUUUGUCGAUGGUUAGAGAAUUCCUUGAAAGGUUUGCCAAAGGAGACAACCGUGGGAGCUGUCACAGUGACACACAAACAACUUACAGAUUUCCACAAACAAGUCACUAGUGCUGAGGAAUGUAAACAAGUUUGCUGGGCCUUGCGAGACUUCACCAGGUUGUUUCGAUAGCUCAUACUCCUGCACUGUGCCUGUCACCCAGGAAUGUCUUUUUUAAUUAGAAGACAGGAAGAAAACAAAAAUCAGACUGUGUCCCACAAUCAGAAACCUCCAUUGUGGCAGAGGGGCCUUCACCGCCACCAGGGCCUCCCGCCAGACAGGGAGAGACUCCAGCCUUCCAAGGCCAUCCUGAGGAGUUCCUGUUUGGGGGUGUGAGGGAAAAUCAGCGCGGUUUAAAAAAGAUGGCUGCGGCCUGUGCAGCGUGGUGGGAGGUGAGCUGGUUUCCUGGUGAACUUGUUUCUAAAAGGAAAAAUAAUUUUAAAGAAAUAAAAAAGAAAAAAAAAAAAGGAAAACUAAA